AUGUAUGACGCUGUAGUUGCCCACUACUCUUCUCCGGCCACUGCAGCCCUAGGUCGACUUCUGCUACCCUACCGGUUCCCCGACCUGUCCUCGUUUACCACCACUGAGGACCUCAUCUCUCACCUACGCGCUAGUGACACUCGUCUUUGUGCCGCCCUUCCAGCCGAGUUCCUCGCAGAGAACCACCCCCCGAUGUACUUUACCCUCUACUUCCUCAUCACCCGCCUCCCUGAGACUCUUUGCUCAGUCAAGGACCACUUCCUCGCCCUUGAACCCCAUUCUCUCACUGUCAACGACCUCGAGACGCACCUCCUAGCAGCCGAGAAGAACAUUCUAGUUGUAGGUGCUGCUCGUGGUACUCCCCGCACUCCCCUCUUUGAGGGGUGCUCCCCCUCCCCUCUCACCCCCUCCUACGCCUCCGCAGCUGCUGCUGUCGACCUCCUUGGUGCUGAGAAGGUCGCAACUGCUUCCGCUCCUAGUGGGAAGCGCAGCGCCUCCAGGGGAGGCAGGGGUGGCAGGGGUGGCGGACGUGGUGCUGGAGGGGGCGGUAGUGGAGGCGGGGGGGGCGGUGGGGGUGGUGGGGGUGGUCGUGGGGGUGGAGGUAGUGGUGGGGGCGGUGGUGGUGCAGGGAGCAGUGGCGGUGGUGGCGGAGGGGGGAGUGGUGGUGGCGGCGGUGGUGGGGGCUUGGUUUGGCUUAGCGACGCCUGGCGCGUCAAGUUUCCUGAUGCUACUAAGUUCCCCAACUGGGCAGACCUGCUUAGGCGUGAUGUACCUAUCUAUGAUCUUGACUAUGAUGCUAUUCUUGCUGCCAUGUUUGCAUUGACUCACCACGGUCACUCCCCUCCCUGCACCUGUCCCUGUCUCACUGGCUGGCCCCUCUGGGGGCCUAGUGCUUGCACGGUCUUCCACUGUGCUUCCGUGUCCGGCGGUCUCAUCUGGUCUCUGCCCGCCCUCCCUCCCUCGCCUGCGCCGCCCUGCAUUCCCUUCGUCGAGGGGCGGCAGCGCGCCGCCCCUCACUCCUCCUCGUUCCCUCCCACAGAGGCUCCACUGCAGACUCUCCACCUGGACGUGUGGGGCCCAACCCGCGUCCGUGGACAGGGCCAUGAGCGGUACUUCCUGCUGGUCGUCGACGACUAUACGUGUUACACCACGGUCUUCCCCUUGCAGACCAAGGGGGAGGUCCCUGAUGUUUUGAUCCCCUAG